GCCGACGUCACAGUUGAAUGCGAUCGGCACUGCAUCGUUCUGCCAGCGCCACAGAUAGAAUUUGAAGGCAAUUUGAAGUUCGGGUUGAUCAGCUGGACAAAGAAUUGCUGAAGAAUGACGUCGAGGUGCCCCAGAUGCACAAAUGAUGUGUUUUUUGCUGAGAAGGUGAGCUCGCUGGGGAAAAACUGGCACCGGUUCUGCCUGAAAUGCGAACGCUGUAACAAGACCCUGUCGGCUGGCAACCAUGCUGAGCAUGAUGGGUUGCCCUACUGUCACAAACCAUGCUACGGAACUCUCUUCGGACCCAAAGGUGUGAACAUUGGAGGGGCAGGCUCCUACAUCUACGACACUCCUCAACCUGCCUUUGACAGCCCCUCAGAAGGAUCACCCACCACACCAUGGACCACCAUGCAGGUCACCCGGAACCAACCCAAAGUACCUCACCCUCAGACCAGGAUGUUUGCUGGAGAGACCUCACUCUGUCCUGGCUGUGAAAAAGUGGUCUAUUUUGCAGAGAAGGUGAUGUCCCUGGGUAGGAACUGGCACCGACCCUGCCUGCGCUGUGAGAGGUGUAAGAAGACACUGACCUCUGGUGGACAUGCUGAGCAUGAAGGGAUACCUUAUUGCCACGUCCCUUGCUACGGCAUCCUGUAUGGACCAAAAGGAGUGAACAUCGGCAAGGUGGGCUGUUACAUCUAUGAGAAGGAAGACAUGGAGCAAAACUGAAAUACCCAGCCAGUCCUAACCACACACUAAAAAGUAAGAUGAAUGGGGUUUCUGUUUGAUUAGGGUAAUUUCAGUGACUGAAUUGAGUGACUGAAGUGAUUCACUGACUGAAUUGACAGGUAUUGCAAUGGACCCGACCACAUGCUUGCUGAUAAACAUGAAGUAUUUUUGUGUGUAUUUUUACAUAUUGUUUGUAUAACGUAAUAAUGUUUCCGAAUAUUUAAAUCACUUUUGCAACCUGCUAAGCACACAGAUUUAUAAAAUACGUAUUUAACAACAGGUUCAUAUCCAAUAUUAAAGAUUGAUUGCAUACAUUUGCCAAUGUUUAUGGUGAGGAAGAAUGCAUAAAGAGUUAUGAUACGUUAUCAAAGAUAAUAUUUUGUUCCUCAUUCAUAUGAAACAGAAAGGUGUCUUUACUAAAUAAGAUAAUGCAGUAUUGCAAUUGAGUGGAAAAUUAGAAUUUGUAUAGGAGGAAUAAAAUGAAUUAUGCUUC